GGUCAGCAAACUGUGACGCUCACGACCUGGCGAGACAGGACGUACCGACGGAGACAGGAAGCUUAGGCGUGGAAGUGGGUUUGGCGGCAGAGACUGAGAACAAUGGAUAGUAAUGAGUAUAAACUGAUGUUGCUGACAAUGCUACAAAGGUGCGAGAAGCGCUCCUUUUAUACACUGUCAGCCUAAAGCAACUGAACAGACGAGAUAGAAGUGGGCGAUGGCAAAGACCCUGAAAAGAACACUGGCAGUUGCCGAUGAAGGUCUUGGCGAAGACCGAGUGAUGCUAGCGAGCGAAACGUGUCUGAGCACGAACCCUGCGACAGAGAAGCCAUGCGGCAUGGAGAACCAAUAGGAAGGGGUACGUCGGAACGUGAGGUAGCGCUGAGAGCUUGCAGGUGCCAGCGUGAUGGCGGAAGGGUAGGAGCGCUGGGAGCUCGAGAUAGACAGACGCGGCUGAGAAGACGGAAAGGGAUGAGCACUGGGAGCUCGGGGUGCACGGACGCGGCUGGGACGACGGAAAGGUAGGAGCACUGGGAGCUCGGAGGUCAAGCCGUGACAG